UACCGUACAGAGAGUCGGAAGGAAAGAGUAAAGCGAGCGUUUCACAAAUUCUCUUUUGCAGCCGCCAAUUGAUUUUUUCGCUUUUGAUAAAAUCCUCAAAGGAAAGAAACCCGACUUCUAUUUGCAUUCUUUUUCUCAUAUAUUCAUCGAAACUUAGAAACUGUGUUUGCUAGUCACCGCAAGAAAGCUACUGCUAAGCCAUGGCCAAGAGCUCCUUCAAGUUGGAACACCCCCUCGAAAGGAGGCACGCAGAAUCAGCUCGUAUUAGGGAGAAAUAUCCUGAUAGAAUACCAGUUAUCGUGGAGAGGGCUGAAAGAAGUGACAUACCCAACAUUGACAAAAAGAAAUAUCUGGUUCCUUCUGAUCUGACUGUUGGCCAGUUUGUUUAUGUGGUCCGCAAGAGAAUAAAGCUCAGUGCUGAGAAGGCUAUAUUCAUCUUUGUCAAGAACAUUUUGCCGCCCACUGCUGCCAUGAUGUCUGCAAUUUAUGAGGAAAACAAAGACGAGGAUGGCUUCCUCUACAUGACUUAUAGUGGGGAGAACACAUUUGGAGAAUCAUUCUGAACUGCACACUGAAGAGUGUGAAAAGACAAUGAACAAAUGUAAAUUCUGUCUUUCUGUUCUUACCACGGGGCAUCCAUGUUGAAACUUGCUAUGAUGCUGGCCGUUCUUAAGAUUUG